AUGGCGGCUACAUCAUACUCAGCAGACCCAACUCUGUACCUCUAUACCUCGCUUACGGCCGGGUCGUCUCACAUCAUUACAGCUACGUCGAGACUAGAAACAAUACUCAAGGCAAACAAGAUUCCGUUCCGAGCAAUAGAUUGUGCAACGGAUGAAAAAGCUCGCAUGCUAUGGGGGAGGAGAUCAAAGGGUAGGAAACUGCCCGGUCUGGUCAAAUAUGGAACAAUCAUUGGUGACCUUGAACAGAUCGAAGAGUGGAACGAAUAUGGCGAACUCAAAGAGCAAAUUGCUUCCACGCAAGAUUUUGGCAGCUUAACUACAAGCACGAAUCUAGCUCCCGAGCCACCAGCUCCCAGUACAUCUUCCACUCCCCAGAGAUCGAGCCCUCCAUCCCGUGCCUCAUCAGAAACGCGCCACAUUUCCAUCAGUGAACCAAAAGACAAGGAGAAAGAGAAGGACCAAGAAAGCCCCGCCUAUGAAAGCAAGCAGGCGCGAUCACCAAAGCCCACUGAAUCACCAAUGAAUCUCGCCAUAAGACAGUUGGGUGCCGAAGCAGCCGCCGUUGCCGGCCAGAAAAGAGCCACGGCCGCCCAAGCUGCCAAAGCAGCAACAGCAGCGCCCGUAAAAGAACCCAGCGCUUCAGAUAAAACGCCUGUACCAGCAGUCACUAGACUGAGUGCAGAUGCCGCAGCUGAGUCGCCCGAUACUGCCACCGAAGUUACUGCUACCAAGACACCUGCCCAACUUGCAGCUGAAGGAGCAAAAAGGACGUCAGUAGACAAGAUUGAGGAAUCAAAGAGUGGCGCAGCAUCGGGUAUUAAUGAAGACUCAACAUCGACUGAAGAACAACUUCUCGCAUUACGAAGGACAAGCAGCAUCGCCAAGGCGAAAACACCACUGAGUGAAACUACGCCUAUAGAGGAGAGCGAGACUGUACUCGAAGAUUCAACAACCGCUCCGGAGCCUGAGAAGAGUUCAGCUGUGUCGCCAUCAGAAGGAAAAUCUCCUCUGCAGCAUCGCGGAAGUGAUAUUGGUGAAGCCCGCCCCGAGGACAUCGGGGCCGGAAAGAAGAAGUUGGGUAUUAGAGAAGAAAAGAAUGAGGACGAUGAGGACGAGGGAGAAGAAGAAAAGGACAGAGUUGUGACUAGCACAGAUAAAGUGGAGGAAGAGGUGACUAAAGGGACGGACACACAGAAGACAGGUGCAAAUGACGCGGACAAGGCUGGAGUUAGUGUGGGGGAUUAG